AUGGAUAAGAGGACAGAGUCAGCAUGUGACCAGUGUCACGGCCACAAACUGAAGUGCUCUCCACAACCUCAGGGAUGUGUGCGUUGCAAGAGAUUGCGCAUUCGAUGCACCUCUGAUCGACCGAUCAAGAAACGGGGUAGGAAAUCUAUCAGGAAGGAAACUCCGCUUUCACCUACUGUUGCCUCGGAUGCACCUGAUUAUCCGGUGUUGGAUUGUCUUCAUGAUCUUUCGAUUUUGAAGCCUGAUAAGGAACAUGCACGAAAUUCAACUAUACACCUCACACGCUACGAGGCAUGUCGACUUUUAGAGCACUUUUUUACCUCGCCCAAUCAGGAAUUUCAUGCUCUACUUAUUCGAAGAGAAAGGUUGCUCAACCAGCGUGCACCACGACCGACUGAGCCAACUCUACUUCUUUCACUGCUAUGCGUUGCCUGCUUUAUGCCCUCGGAUGAAUCAUCGGCUCUCCCGGAAUCGACCUCAAAAGAACGGGCCGCUUUGGGUCGGUACCUGUUUGACAAAAUAACUCAUUAUUUCCAUCCGAGAACAUUGCCUGGUGCAAAUCAUGUUUUCGAUGAUGCCUUGACAGCAUUCAUUAUGACAAGUAUUUCUCCUAGUGAGCAGUCGGUGGAGUCAAGUCUGCAUUAUUGGCUUGCUUUCCUCAAGUUCAUCGUGCAGGAAUUGCAGCUGUACAAGGAUUCACCUAUUCUUAGCGAAGAUGACAGAGAAGAAAGGAGGAGGUUAUGGUGGGCGUCAUAUAUCAUUGAUAGACAUGUGGCACUAUCAUUUAACGAAAGGCCACACAUACCGGACCAAGAGUGCCAGCUGCUUCCCACUCCAUCCCCUGAUGCAGUCUGGGCUCUGCCAGGUCCAUUACUGAGGAGCCCAGAGAUCAAUUUUCAAGGAACUAUGCUUGGCUACCGCGUCAAAAGCCUUGAUAUGCUGGGCAUCUACCUACCCUUGUCAAAGAUACUGGGAGAGAUACUCGAACAUCGUUUUCUCUGUGAACACCCGACUUUCAAUAAGAACGAGAAAUUCCUGGCUGAAAUCAAGUCAAAUAUUCUCCAAAACCUUGAGCAAUGGUUCAACUCUUUUAUAGGACUUGCUGGACCGGAUUUUUACACCAUCGCAACUCCAGAGUGUACCUUACCUCCUCCACCGAAUAUUCCAAAGGUGGCAUACUACGGCCUACACAUGUACCAUUGUAUGUUCGUGCUUUUGCACGGGCCAAUGGAUAUAGUCCGGAUGUACAAAGAUCACGCCUGGCAAGCAUCUUUAGAUUUCAUCACAGCCGGCGAGCACGCAGUUGCAUGCGCAAACGUCGCACGUUAUAUCCUGCAAGUCGACCCACGACUAUGUCUGAUGUAUCGAUUUUUCGGAACCUACUUCCUCCAAUCAUCUUUCAUAUUCCUAAUUCUCGCCCGGAAGCUAGGUCGCCAAUCAGACGAGUUGAUUAUGCGUAAUUGUGCAAUCAACCUGCAGGUUCUAGAUAAGUUUGUCGCAACGACAAACAUGGACUACCAACAUACUUUUGCGAAAUUCAUCCGGCGUGCUCUAUCCUAUAAUAUGGGACAGCCUUCGUCAGAAGAUGAUACUCACCUUGAUAACCCCUUAGCUGAAUCUUUGGACCCGGAAAGUCUGCCUUAUCGCUGGAUACCGGGGUAUAGGGGGUUACAGGUUGGUCCGAUGAGUAAGGAAUGA